AGCUCGAGAGAGUCUCUCGGGACGCUGGACUAGCCACAAGUUGUGGUGAACCAGGGUAAAAUUCGGUGUGCCUCUUACUCUUCUCCUUACUUCUCUUUUGAAUUUUUAAUUCCUGCGAUUUCUACGAUCAAACGCUAUUCACCCUCCCUCUAGCGUUGGUCUAUUAUUCUAACAAUUGGUAUUGGAGCCUAACUCGCGUCCAAACUUAACCGUUUGAGAGUAAAGCGAUCAUGGGUUCUUCUUCCAGAAAUCUUUAUGCAGGGAUCGGAGAAGGUCAAUCAACUUUCAGGCCACCGCUCUUUGAUGGCACCAACUACACUUAUUGGAAAGAGCGGAUGAGAAUUUAUAUCCUCUCAACCAACUUCCAGUUGUGGUUGGUCAUCAAAAAUGGCGAAGAAACGCCAAUGAAGAAGGUCGGUGAAAAACUCGUCCCAAAGACCGAGGACGAAUUUGAUGCCGAAGACAUCAAAAAGGUGGAGAACUACGCCAAGGCAAUCAACAUGCUGUACUGCGCGGUCAACCCCGAUGAUUAUCGCAAGAUCUCUUGCUGCACCACCGCCAAAGAAAUGUGGGACAAGCUGGAGGUCAGAUACGAAGGUACGGACCAAGUUCGGGAAGCCAAAAUUGAUUUCCAAACACAGGAGUACGAGAUGUUUAGGAUGAAGGAAGGCGAAAAGAUCGAUGACAUGUUCGAUCGGUUCUCCAAGAUCAUCAAUUGGAUCAUGAUGGAAGCACAUCUCUACGCUCUACAUGAUUGCAUGUGGAUGGUGCUUGAGGAUGGACCCUUAAAAAUCCAAAUGGAGAACCCUGAGAGGAAUCCAGCUGCUCCAGAUGUAGUCCAGUACAUUCCAAAGCCCAAAGAAAAAUGGGAUGAUAGAGAUUGCAAAAAGCACAAUCUGGACAACGUUGCCAAAGCAGCCAUCUUCAAGACACUUGAUCCUAUCACCUUCUCCAAGAUUAAGCAUCUCAAGACUGCCAUGGAGAUUUGGCAAGAAAAGAAUGUAAGGUUGCUGACAUCACUCCCAACUGAGUGGUACACCAAAGCCACAGCCAUGGAAGAAGGAAGAAACCUGGAGAACUACACUGUUCAAGGUCUCCUUGAUGAACUCAGAACCUAUGAGCACGAGCUGAAAAAGAAGAAGGAAGAACAAGUCACUCCCUUCCCCACGGCAUUGAUGACAACUUCAAGAAUUCUAUCAAGUGAAGGGACAUGCACAAGAAACUGUGACACACCUUCCUCCAGCCAGCCGUCAAGCUCAAAAAUGGAGAACUACGAAGAGGAAUUUGCCAUGAUGGUCAAACAAUUCCAGAAGUUCAAGAAGUUCUUCAAGAAGGCUGAUUCAAUCAGAAGGCCAUCCAAGGGAAAGCCACAGGUAAGUGACUCCCCUCCUGAAUCUUAUUUAUGCUAUAACUGUAGGAAGCCUGGCCACUGGAAGUCGGCAUGCCCGUACCCAAAGGUGGAGAAGUACGGAGAAAGAGAAAGGAUCGAGAAGAAAAAGAAAGCAAUGGUUGCUGCUGAAAGUGAUGAGUAAUCCAGCUCAAGCUCAGAUGAAGAAGCCCUCGUCUGCAUGGAGCGCAGAGUUGAGAAGUCCAACCGUGAGGAUUGGUGGACUAUGUCAGAAGAUGACACUUUCUGCCUAAUGGCCAAAGAUGAUGCUGAUCAAGAGGUAACCUCACAAACCUCCUGCUCAUCUUCUUAUAGCACACCAACUUCUGAAAAUCUUUUUGACCAGUUCAAAAAGAUGAUGAAAGACUUUGAGGAGAUAAAUCUCAAACACACAUCCUUAACAGAAGAGAACAAACUAUUGAGUGAAGA